CGUUCGAACGGCCGACCAUCGAACGGUAGCAUCCAACACACCGUCAGCAAGCAAGGGCUCUUCAUUGGCAACCGAUAUACAGCGGCCCCGCCUGCAUCGCAUAAGUCAUGCGCAUCAACUAUCUCUUGCUGGCGACUGCAGCGCUCAUGCUGCUCGCGACUUCCGUUCAAAGCGCCGCAGAUGCCGAGGGUAGCGGCAACCAUGCGAGCCGCGGUGACCAGGGAAGCGGCCGCAUUCCUCCAAAGUGGGCCAAGCAGAUACCCCCCAUCCGUGGUUCUGCCCCGUCUAGACCACCUGGCAAGGGGAACGGAGCUUCGUCUGGCAGCAUUGUCACCCCACCUCCUUCGCCUCCCCGUCGCGUCAAGGCUAGACCGCCACCGCGCGUUUACUGGAUCACCCAGCGCCCAGCUCGUUGGACCGAUGCGCAAGUAACGCGCACCUGGGUCGUCGCAUGCAAGUCGGCGGGAGGAAGAGCUUCCGUGUACGACGUAGCACCCAUCAAGGUGGAGUGUGUGGACGAAAACGGGUUCAGCAAAGCCGACAUGGUCGUCAAGGCUCUUCUUGCUGCCAGACCGUAUCAGUGGACCUUUGCUCCACAUUGAAGGACCUUCCAAGAUGGUGCGCGCGCGCGCGCUCAAAGACGGCUGUCCGCACAGAAGCUUGCCGCUCGCACCGUGGUCCCUCUUCUUCGAGCAGCUUGCUGGAGCCUUUCAACAUCCACAUUUGACAUUCCGGUGUCACGUACGGCGUGGAAGUCGGAUGACCGCGGGAACGGACGUGCGGCUUUCGUUUCGACGUGCGCACCAUAAGCGAUUGGCCAUAUGACGGGGGCCAGGCAACAUCUCGACCGUACCCAUCCAUGCCUCCCUCCCUCUUGCAGCGAAACAUGCACGCGCGUACCCUGUGCGAAAGUUCGUGCAGGUCCAGGCGAGUUUGUCCCGCUGCAACCGUAAUCCUUUCCACUCCAAUGCAAUCCACAAUGCGCACCAUUCACGAUUGCUUCUAUAGUAAGUGUGCAAUCG